AUGGACGCCGCUACGCAAGCACAGGCCGUCGAGGCCCUGACGGGCAAGCUGAAGACCCUCGGCAUCGAUGAGCUGCCCGCCGAGCCUAACACGUACCCUGCGCUCAACCCGUUCGAUCUAUACCGCUCGCACGUCGCCGAGCUGCUAUCCAAAUCCACCGGCAUCGAUACCAAGAUUAUAUGCCCCGCAUUGCAGAGGACUGUCAAGACCGAGCAUGGCGACCUACAAAUGGCCGUGGCAGCCCUCCGCCAGAAGCGCAAGGACAUGAAGGAGUUCGCACAGGAGAUCGCAAACGGCUUCCCAGGAUCCCCGUUGAUUGAGAAGGUCGUUGUUAUGGACGCGCUCCUGAUGUUCUGGUUCAAGGCCCAGCCAUUGACCAGCCUCGUGGUCCCAGCUGUGCUGAAAUUUGGCAAGUCGUACGGCUUCAAUAACUUCCAGGGUCUCCGGGACCCCGCCGAUCCCUCCAAGGGCCGCAAGAAGAUGAUUGUCGAGUUUAGCUCGCCGAACAUCGCAAAGCCUUUCCACGCAGGUCAUCUGCGAAGCACAAUCAUUGGCGGUUUCCUCGCGAACUUGUACGAUGCUGGUGGCUGGGACGUUACCCGGAUGAACUACUUAGGUGACUGGGGCAAGCAGUACGGUGUUCUGGCCAUUGGCUUCGACCUGUUUGGAUCCGAGGAGAAGCUCGUCGAGAAUCCCAUCGGCCACCUCUACGACGUCUACGUGAAGAUUUCGAAAAUUCAAAAGGACGAGGAGGAGAAGAUGAAGGAGCUCAAGGCAAAGAUCGAAGGGCUGAAGAAGGAGGAAAAGGAUACGUCCGAACUUGAGAAGCAGCUUCAAGAAGUCGCCGAUAACGGUGUGGAUGAGGGGGCGAGGAAAUAUUUCAAGAGGAUGACUGAGGGUGAACCCGUUGCUCUAGGCAUCUGGAAGCGCUUCAGGGAUCUUUCGAUCGAAAAGUACAAGAGGACAUAUGCCCGACUCAACAUCCGCUACGACGACUACAGUGGUGAAUCGCAAGUCAAGGACGAGAGCAUGGACCACGCAGCGAAGGUGAUGGAGGAGAUGAAAGUUAGCGAGAACAGUGAGGGCGCUAUCAUUGUCGAUCUCACCAAGUACUCAAAGAAGCUGGGUAAGGCAGUCGUGAGGAAGAAGGAUGGCACAUCGCUAUACCUUACCCGUGAUAUCGCCGCCGUAUCGGAGCGAUACGAGAAGUACAAAUUCGACAAGAUGAUCUACGUUGUGGCUAGUCAGCAGGAUCUCCAUCUUGCUCAGCUCUUCAAGAUUCUCGAGGCCAUGGGCUAUAAGGAUCUGGCUGCCGCUUGCACGCACAUCAACUUCGGAAUGGUGCUGGGCAUGUCGACCAGGAAGGGAACCGCGAAGUUCCUGGACGACAUCCUCGAGACCGUCGCCGAGAAAAUGCACGAAGUCAUGCGCACGAACCAGGCCAAGUACGAGCAGGUCGACAACCCCGAGGCAACCGCCGACAUCUUAGGUAUCUCCGCCGUCAUGGUGCAGGACAUGAAGGGCAAGCGCAUCAACAACUACACCUUCGAUAUGGACCGGAUGACGAGCUUCGAAGGCGACACGGGCCCAUACCUGCAGUACGCGCACGCUCGUCUCUGCAGCAUCACCCGCAAGGUCACGGCCGCCGUCCCCGAAAUCGCAAACAUCGACCUCGCCUCCGCCGCGGACCUCACCCUCAUCACCGAGACCCAGGGCAUCGAUCUUGUCCGCCAGCUCGCCGCCUGGCCCGACAUCUUCAUCAACACGCUCAAGACGCAGGAGCCUACCACUGUGCUAACGUACCUCUUCAAGCUCACGCACGCCCUUUCCUCGUCGUACGACCACCUCCAGAUCCUGGGCUCGGAGCGCGAGACCAUGCUCGCGCGUCUGGCGCUGUACACGGCCGCCCGCCAAACGCUCAACAACGGCAUGCGCAUCCUGGGUCUGAGCCCCGUGGAACGCAUGUAG